UGAAGGAGGCUCGAUUUUUUACAGCCCGCCGCCAUAUACCUGUAAUAUCGCUGAGUGCGGCGUUAAACACCAAACCAUCCAACCUUGUAUUUACUCCUGGCGGGGACAUCGGAAUACAUUUAAAGUGACUUCAUGUAUCCGGGCCUGAGGCUGCUACGUAAUAGGAUCAAUGCCAGCCACGCAUAGACAACGGUAUCAACACAGCUGUCACCGUGGACGUGUGGUCCAGUGAAUGAAUAUUGAUGUAUUUUUGGUCUCAUUAUUUACAGUAAUAGAGUUGCAGGUGCUGGAUGCAACAAGUGUCAGUUUUCCCAAGGAAGCACAAAACAACAUGGUCAAUGUGUCGAAAAAUGCCUCGACCCUCGGACCUCAUGGUUGUAAUCUUGUGUGGAAUUUGCCUCAUUACAACAUAUAUGAGUAUAUCUUCGUCAGCGCUUUUUGACAGGAGAAUCAAGCAGUUCCCCAUCAACCAAGAGGUCAAGUGGAUUGAACAGAUUUCUUCAUCUUCAUCCAAUCACAUCAAGGAUUUUAAAUCCAUCGCCAUCCACAGAUGUUCUGAUUUUGAAAUUACAACAACAAAGCCUGUGUAUAUAGUUGGUGAAGAAGUAAAGGUCCACAUCGUCAUCAGAGAUAGCUACAACAGACGGAAGAGUAAUGGAGGUGACUACGUAAGGUUGUGGAUCAAGGAUGUUACAAAGGGAGCAUGUGCAAACGGGGUAAUCACGGACAACCAAAAUGGCACCUACACUGGAAUAAUAAAACUGCCUUUCGAGGGGAACGUGAAGAUAACUGUUAGCUUGGCGACUCCAAAAGAAACUCUCGAUGCUUUGUAUUCCAAUUUCAAUGGCAAACGAAUUAGAGAAAUAAUAGCACGUUUCAACAAAAAUGGAAUUUCGGAAGAUACAAUAUGUCGACCAGAUGAACACAUUCCAGGAUAUGCUGCUGUUUGUAACUACACCUCUGGUAACUACGGGUUUCCCUGGUACUGUGGUCGACCAUCGUCGUCGUCGGAGUUAUCGUGCAGUGAUUGGAAUGUGACGAGCACAAUUAUGCCGGAGUUAAAUUACACAGAUCUAUAUAAGAAGAUGUUCAGGAACAACAGACUUCAUCGACAGCUUAAGAGCAAGUCCAGCUUAUACAUAAUAGUCUCUGAAGACUCAACAGCAACAAGGGAGGACAAUCUCACCCCAUGUCACGACCUCCCCCCUCGCCUGUCUUGGCCAUCUUCUCACCCUUCUGGCUAUCUCCAGAACUGGACAUGGCAUGUAACACACUGCAGGAGCACCUUCCACGACACACCACAGCGUUGGAAUGAAUGUCUCAAAUCCAGAACUUUGUGGAUGUUCGGAGACUCUACCACCAGACAGUUUCUCUUUUACUUAAUGGAGUAUCUCAACCUUCAGCUGGUGACGGAAAAGUGGCUAAAAAAGUCGUGGCAUAAACCCUCAUUACUUCAAAGUCCAAAACACAAUUACUCCAUAUUUUGGGGACCCCACUGCUUCCCAUUUCACAAUGGGGUAGCGUGGGAAAAUCUGGGUUCAUUAAAAGCCACUCAUGCUUAUAUCGAUGAAAUACCUAGCAGAUCACGGGAUAUCGUUGUUAUUCAUUUCUAUCUUCACUUCAUGGCUUAUCAUCCUGACCUGUAUAGGUUGCAUGUUCGGAGAACACGUCAAUCUGUAGCUGAACUCAAGAUCCGUUCCCCGGAUACUCUUGUGUUCGUUAAGGGAUCUCAUGCUUUCCGCGACCAUGGAGCUAUCAUAGGUAGGACGGAUGAUAUCUGGGGUGGCAUUUAUGACAAGAUUGUAGAAGAGGAAUUUACCGAUUUGAAGGAUAGUGUGAUAUUUCUCAACAUGUGGGAUAUGACAGUUGCGUCUGAGAAUAAGAUGCAGCAUCCCAAUAGAACCAUCAUUCGAGCCAUGGUGAAUUAUAUGAUGGGUUUUGUAAAAUGUUGAAAUGAACUUACAUAAUAUUUAUCAAUUUGGAAUAAAUAAAAUGGUACUUUUGUU